AGCAGGACUAACACAUAACACACACACCAACAACUAGCACUCCCGUCUGAAAAUAAUUGACCAAUGCAUAUGGAAUAUACUGAUGUUUACGCGUAAGAAGUUCCCUGGUGGAUACUGACCUGACUGUCUGGAGCUACACACUGUACAUAGGAAGUGGACCUGUCACCUUGUGAAUUUGUUGUGUGGCGAUUGUCUGCUGUGGUUGAGGGCUAUUUUCCUGGUCAUUCCAUCACUGCUAUGGUCUGUGUCUGUGGGAGCCAGCCUAGACCUGGCCCUUGUCCAGGGAGGGGUCUGUUCUAGCACUGCACUGGGUGCUGAGUUAAGUGUGUGUGUGAGUGAGAGGGGGAGACCUGUUCUUACUGCAGUCAGAGGGAUCAACCGUCUGUCAGCUCUGCAGCGAUGCAGGGCCCUGCCGUGAUUCUGCUGCUACUCAGCUAUGGCACCAUACAACAGAUGACCUUCAUAAUGGGUGAUCCUACAGCAGCCAGACAGCACUGUCAAGACUACAACUCCAACUGCAUCCCUCACACAGACAAACAGGAGAAAGUGAUUUUAGCUGCUGAGAAGGUGCUUGGUCGAGUUGCGACCAGGGCAACAUUCAGAGAAGAGUCUCAUGGACCCAGGCUGAGAGAUCAGACUGCAGAGCAGGACACAGCCAAGAACACUAACCUAUCAGCACAGUCAUUGCCAUCAGUAAGAGCUCAGUCAGAGCCAGAGACACAGAGGAAGACAAGGAUAACACCUGAAACAGAGAAGUUAAAGCUCACUCAGAAGAUAGGAUGGCUGAAUGAAACUUCCACACUGCAGGAUGAUAAAGCAGCAAAGAUCACUAGAAAUAGUACUAUAGUAAAAUAUGUAGGGCUUGAUACUGGCACAGUAGCAGAGUCCCCCCUUUCUGCUCCUGGCUGGCCAUCUGACAGUGACAGAUCCAGUGAACCCAUUUCAUCUAGCAAAAUAAAGGAGCCACACGGUCCAGGAGGCGUCACAAACAUAACAGUAUAUUCACAAACCUCUGGAUCUCUUCAUCAGCCAAACCAAACCAAUACAGCCAGAGAUGUCUCUGGGAUGAAAGGUGUAGUAGUACCAUCUCAGACAGUGGAGACAGCCAUUCUCAGUCCCACUGCAUGGUCAGAAAACCCCACUGAACCAGCCCUGCUGAUCCAGGAGUCAGACAGUGAUGGAGAAUCAAUAGGCUCAGGGAGAAAUACAUCAGUGAGGUUAGAUGAUUUACAGAUCCCACCUGAACCCAAACAGGGCUUUGGGCCUACAAGACAAACAUGGUCCUUAGAACCCACCAUAAAACCCAACCUUUUGGAAUUCAAGAAAAUAGAUGCGGAGGAGCUACUGAGGCAGGCUGUGAUUCCUCUGCCUCCAGUGCUACCUCCAAAUAAUAGCACUGUCACAGGGAGAAAGACUGUCCCAGAGGCUCCUCUGCCUCCAGUGCUAUCUCCAACACCUCAAAAUACCACUGAUAUCACUUCCACAUCAACAGGUGACAAAGCUUCAAAGAGACAAAGGGGCCGAAAGACUGUGACAAAGACUUUGACAGAUUCUGGACAAGUCAUGGAGAAGGGGGAUAAAGUUUUAUCCCAGGAAGAAGUUGAUGAGGACAAUGAUAAGGAAUCAGAGACAGAGGAAACAGAUGUAGGCGACAGCAAGUUGGCACACGACAUCACUCAAGUCAACACAAGGCAGUUUAAAAAUAAUGGGGGAGCCGUCAAAACUGAUGUUCUAACUGAGCUCAUGUCCCCGGAGCCGAGAGGAUCAGAGCGGGAACUGCCGCCUACCCCUCUACCUCCUGCCAGUGUGCCAGCCAAUCACCAACCAAGACACGCACUCAAAGAGCGAGGGACAGCCUAUAGACCGGGUCUUCGAGUGCAACAGGGACUUCAGGGCCCACCUGGUUUGACAGGGCCACCUGGACCAAAAGGGGAUAAAGGCUACGCUGGCGGGAUGGGCCGGACUGGACGCACAGGUUACCGAGGCCCCAUUGGUCCACCAGGGAUGCCCGCCAUCGUAGUGUUCAAGAGCUCUGAGGAAGAGUGGGAGACCUUCAAGAAAAAGACAUUCUACAAAAAGCUUGUUGCAACUUGGCCGAGAUUGAAGGGCCCUCCAGGGCCUCUUGGCCCCCCUGGGGAUGCUGGACCUCCUGGACCCCCAGGAAUUACUGGAAAACAAGGACGAAAAGGAGAUGGAGGGAAAAUCGGUGUUCCUGGACCACCAGGGAUGCCUGGGCCUCCAGGAAGAACUGGGAGUGAUGGGAUUGAUGGUAUAAAUUCUGAUGAUGGCCCUGCAGGACCACCUGGGGAACAGGGUCUCCAGGGUUACAGAGGAGAGAAGGGCAGCAAAGGGGAGCUGGGUGAGUGGGGUUAUGAAGGGGAACCAGGACCCCAGGGAAACAGAGGCCGGAAAGGAGACAAGGGGAAUAAAGGAAACCGAGGGCUCAUAGGGAUCACUGGAUACAUAGGAAUACCUGGAGCCAGAGGACAACUGGGCUACCCGGGAACAUCUGGACCUCCUGGAGACAUCGGUGGCAUUGGUUUUGUUGGAUCGCCAGGCCCUCCUGGCAAAAUGGGGCCAAGAGGGCCAAAGGGGGUACCAGGAGUCAAUGGACCACCAGGCCAACCAGGUGAGCGAGGCCUAAGAGGACCACUCAGGCCUCAGGGAGAGCCAGGUCCUGAUGGGAUUGUUGGAUUCCCUGGCGUUCCUGGACCUCAGGGAAAAACAGGUGCAGAUGGGCCUACAGGUCCGAAAGGGGAUCCCGGGGACGCAGGUGAUGAGGGGAAUAUAGGAGAAUCAGGACUCUCUGGGCUUCACGGAGCCAAUGGCAAACCAGGAAAAACUGGACCCUCAGGUGACCCAGGGAUCAAAGCAUCUAAGAGAAGUGACAAGGGUGACCCAGGAUUUAAAGGGGACCAGGGUCGACCCGGGCCUCCAGGUAAAAGAGGCUUUAAAGGCAGAGGAGGAGCAUCAGGGCUGCUAGGUAAUGUUGGACCAGUGGGGCCCCCUGGAUUUCCUGGAACCACAGGUUAUGAUGGAAUCAUUGGGGAGAAUGGUAAGCAGGGAAAAGAUGGGCCAAAGGGUGACAGAGGUCCUAGCGGUGGGCCAGGCGUUGUUGGACCUAGAGGUGAUAAGGGGCGAGAAGGUCGAGUAGGAUUUGCCGGUUUGCCAGGGCCUUUUGGAGAGAUGGGGAAGUCAGGAGAGAGAGGAGCUGAAGGAGAACCCGGUAUUAAGGGGAGGACUGGAAUUCCAGGAGUCACUGGACUGAAAGGGCUGAAGGGACUUCAAGGCUAUCUAGGAGGUAGGGGACUGGAUGGAACACAUGGACCCCCGGGACCCAUCGGAGGAACUGCAUCUGACGGGGAUACUGGAUCUACUGGACUAAGGGGAAUGGUGGGGAAGACUGGGGCACCAGGGAUUCAAGGUCCAGUUGGGAAGAGUGGGGAUUCUGGUGGUAGAGGGAUUACUGGUAAGCCAGGAAAGCCAGGAGUCAGGGGUGCCAAAGGUAAAGAGGGUCCGAACGGCCUUCUGGGAAAUCCUGGCCUGAAGGGAAACAGAGGUCAAGAAGGUUCGAAGGGGAAACGCGGAAGUCCAGGCGUGCAGGGAUUGACAGGGAUACAGGGAUACAGAGGAGCUCCUGGAAUAGCAGGAAAUAUAGGACCAUGGGGUGAGGUGGGCCUCCAAGGGCCACCAGGGAACAAGGGGCCCCCAGGAUUAGUUGGGCCCCGUGGAGUUGUAGGUUACCCAGGUAAAGAUGGACCACAAGGAGGUAUUGGGCCAGUGGCAGACAAAGGGGAUAAGGGGUCCAGAGGAGCUAUCGGACAGAAGGGAGUUGCUGGUGUCGAUGGUGAGGAGGGCCCAACUGGAUUGUGGGGGCCAAUGGGGCCACCAGGACUUAAGGGGCUACCGGGUGAAAAGGGGAAGAUGGGCGCUCAGGGGGAAAGAGGUGGAAAAGGGAUCCAGGGAGACAGGGGCAACCAAGGUCAACAAGGACCAAAGGGCCCACUGGGGAAAGAAGGAUACUUAGGGCCAUCAGGGGACAGAGGGAAAGAAGGAGUUUCAGGACUCAAGGGCCAGCCGGGCAUCAGAGGCCCUUCAGGUCUCGCUGGGCGUUACGGACCAGGGGGCAACACCGGAAGAGGCCGGGCCAAGGGAGAGAAGGGGCUCCCCGGAACCACAGGGCCUCCUGGAAGGUUUGGGCCUACAGGCUUAGUUGGACCAAAAGGACCAACAGGUUUACCAGGAAAAAGAGGAGUCGAUGGAAAAAGUGGACUUGGUGGACUUAAGGGAGAUUAUGGGGAGAGGGGAAAGACUGGGACUGGUGGUGUCAAAGGAGACGUGGGAUUGCAAGGUCCAAGCGGGAAGAAAGGAGAGUCUGGAACAGGAGGCAAAAUGGGGACAUUGGGAAAGAGGGGGUUCACCGGGUCUCCAGGAGGUAAAGGCAGACCUGGGCCUGCUGGUGCCCCUGGAGAGAAAGGUGGUAAAGGAAUAGAAGGGCCAAAGGGAUUGCAUGGCAGCCCAGGAAAGAGGGGAGGCAGGGGAGUUAGAGGCAAACCAGGAGAGGAAGGCCCAUUGGGACCAGAUGGACCAGUUGGAAGAUCUGGAAAGCCAGGACUUGCUGGUUUGGAUGGAUUGCUGGGGGUUGAAGGAAAUGAAGGAGAUAAUGGUGAUAUUGGUUACAGAGGAACCCCUGGGAGGCCUGGUCUACCAGGGAAGAUGGGUCAAAGUGGACAACCUGGAUUGAGUGGUGGUCACGGAGCACCAGGGUCAAAGGGUAAUCUUGGAUCAAAAGGAAAACGAGGACCUGCAGGGCCAAUGGGGCCACGGGGUAUUCCAGGGUUUGGAGGAGCAAAGGGGAAGUUUGGCCAGCAUGGAUCAAAGGGUCAGGCUGGCAGCAGAGGCCUGGAAGGACAUAUUGGACCGCGAGGAAUCAAAGGGAAUCCAGGACUGCCGGGGAAUAAAGGGCGGCUAGGUCCAAAAGGCAUACAGGGAGACAUUGGUCCUCGUGGUCCACCUGGGAAAAAGGGCUUCCCUGGUCUACCGGGUCUCUUUGGAAAUAGGGGAAUGAAGGGGAUACAAGGAAUGCCUGGAGUUAAGGGACUGAAAGGUGCGCGUGGACAACCAGGAAAACCAGGUCCUCCUGGGGGUCCAAGAAACAGGCGACCUGGAGCCCUUGGUAAAAGAAGAGGAUCCAAAAAACAAACUCGGGCCAUGACCAGGAGAACGCUUACCUCACUGCCUGACCAGAACCCAAGCAGCUCCAUCAGCUGGCCUCAGGGUACCAAAGACAGCCCUGCAACCACCUGCCACGAGCUGGGGCUGAUUAGCCCACACCUGCAGGAUGGACACUUCUACAUGGACCCUAACCAGGGCUGCCCAUUUGAUGCCGUGCAAGUCUUUUGUAACUUCACUGCAGGAGGGAUGACCUGUAUACCUCCUGUCCAGUCACAGAUAAUAGGAAAAUGGGAACCAGAAAAGAACAUGUCAAAAAAGUAUAUCCAGUGGUUUAGCCAGCUUGAUGGUGGCUAUAAGUCUGAGUAUGCUGGUCUUGAUGUGGUCCAGCUCCGAUUUCUACGGUUACACAGCCACUCUGCCUCUCAGCACCUGACCAUCUCCUGCCCGUUUAACCACAAUAGUAGAGAAAUCAGGAAAAAUGCAACAAACAGGGUUCUUCACUUUCUGGGAGACUCUGGUGGGGAGAUUGGUUCAAGCUAUAUGACAGUAUCGAGGAAUGGUUGUGAAGUGGAGGUGGAGGUACGAGUGAGGGGAAGCACAGAGAUCCACAGAGGGGACAUGGAGCUGCUGCCCCUCAGGGAUGUUAGUAUGGAGGGAAGGGGAGACCACUGGGACACAGACCUCAGAGCUGUCCUAGGACCUUUGUGCUUUUUGUAGCCUCAGCUUAUCCAUAGAGAAGCAGCUGUUUCUCCCAGAAGCAGCAAGCUCUGACCAAUGUAUGGGUCAAGAACAUUUGGGUGCAAUUCCUCUUCAGGACAAAAGAAAGAGAUAUCAUCAUGUUGUGUGAUCGCUGUAGAAUUUGUGUAAUUGUGAUAAAAACUAGAGCUAUAUAAUAAAAUAUGUAUUUUAGAGUUAUUUGUUAAUCUUGUUAUCAUAUGUGUCUUUUAUAAAGAAAAAUAUAAAGCUGUUGUGUUGUUUGUAUCUCCCGCAUUUCUAUUUUUUUGAAUGAUUCAUUUUUCUUAGUGAUGUACUGUGUGUAUAUAUGCUUCAUAUUAGAUUCAUGUGGAUGUUUUAUUUAAUUGUUAAGCUUUUGUAAGUAGUCUUAGCUAUUAUUUGAUGUCUUGUUUUUUAUUCCUGUCGACUAAUACCUGAAGUCUUGAUGAACACCAAUAUCUGGAUGGUCUAAACUUCAAAUUGUUAUAAAUUGAAACAUUUGAAAUGUCACUUCAGUUUACUUUACAAUAACUUGAGCACACAUUUUAUGGUUUAUACCUCAAAUGCAGUAAACAGUAGUACACCCUGUUGUCACAAAUGGAAUUAACCAUAAUAUGUGGAAUGAAUUAUAAAAACUGUUUUCGUAAGAUGAUGGAAAACUGUUGUAGUAGGCUGCUGUAUUUAUUACAUAACAUCAUUUGCAGGACAAUAAACCCAUACUGGGUAAAACUGUU